AACAUGUUUAAGUCGCCCUGCUAAGAAUAAAUAAUCAUUCUAAGUCAUGUAAACACAGAAAAUGAUCGUUUUCAGAAAAACAAUGUUCUGAUUCUGUUUUCCUAAUAGUCCCUUCAUUCGUUUUCUGAAGAGUUGAUCUGAUGUUACCGUACUGAAUGUGUGUCGGUGUAUAAUUGUUUAAUUACCCAGCCGGGUUUAACACGUUAAUUGAUUCCGGUGAGUAUAAAGGCGCUGGCUACGGGUUUAUCGGCACGCAGCUGCAGUGUUUGAUUCUGUGCUGAAGAGUUUGCAAUGGGGAUGCGCAGUGUUCAGACAGCGCUUUCGCUCGCUUUGAUUUUGCUUGUGCAGCUCCACGGCGCUUUUGGAUGGAACUGGCCGGAUCAGCAGGUUUAUAACGCAGCGCCGUACCUGCAGCCUCCUGGAGCGCAGUCGUUUCCUGCAGCGGUAUUUCAGGCGAAGCCCACCCCUCGUUCCGUGGAGAGAGCUGACCUGUCGCUGUCGAGUUCGGUCACUCUGGACUGCAGGAAAGACGCCAUGGUCGUGACGGUGAACCGGGACUUGUUCGGGAUCGGCUACCUGGUGAACAGCGCCGACUUGAGCGUGGGAUCGGCGGGCUGCUCGGCCACCUCCACCGACAGCGUCGCAGGCACGGUUUUGUUCAGCAUCCAGCUCCAGGAUUGCGGCAGUACUUUCCAGGUAUUCCCAGACUUCCUGAGCUACACAAACCAUCUCUAUUACAAGCCUGCCAGCAUUGGUAUCAUCACCAGGGUUAAUAUGGCUGACAUUCUCCUUGAAUGCCGAUACCCAAGGAGGUGGAAUGUCAGCAGCAGCCCCAUAAAGCCAACCUGGGUGCCCUUCACUUCAACAGCCUCUACAGAGCAAAUCCUGGACUUCUCCUUGCUGCUCAUGAGUGAUAACUGGAGUGGUCCUAGAGUCUCCAAUGUCAUCUACUUGGGUGACGUCCUUCACAUUGAGGCUUCUGUUGCCAUUGACAACCACGUGCCCCUGCGGCUCUACGUCGACAGCUGCAUCGCCACCCUGAGCGGCAACAAGGACUCUGAGCCCAGAUACGCUGUCGUGGACAAGCUUGGAUGAGAACUGGAGUUACUUUACACACCAGCUUGUGCUGCACUCUGCUUUAUUGACCCUGUUUUGAAUGGUAUGUGUUGGAGGUGUAACCCUUUCUCCUCCUGUCUCUCCCAGCUGCCUGAUGGAUAGCAAA